AUGAACACAGUCAUUGCCACAUUUGCAGUCAUUCUCUGCGCUCUACCAACUCAAGCGCAUGGAUUCGAUGAAGAAUGUGAAAUACUCGAUUGUUCCGACUGCUGUUGCUACACAUCAGUAAUUGGUAGGCCGACCGAAUACAGCUGCUGCAGUUGUUCACUCGCUUGGUGGGCAAUUUUGCUCAUUGUUCUUGCCGUCAUUUUCAUUAUUGCCGUUGGUGUUUCGUUGUGUGUGUGGAGACGACGAGUUUAUCUCACCAGAACGACCUGCUACACGACUAUGCCACCAACUCAAGUGGUGACAACCACCACUAAAGGAGGGUAUGGGACGUCAACGUAUGCGUCCUAGAUCCUCGACCAUCUGGCCGUGUUGUGUUGUAAUGCGGUGCAUGGAUGUGGUACAGUAUACGCAAUACAACGGAUUUAGACAGUGUUGCCGCAGGACGUCUUUGUAGUGAUGUAGGGUUGUGUGUUUCGUGUAUGUCCAGUUUGUGCACUUGAUAGUUGUUGAGAGUAAUAGCGCUAGCUGCAGUUUGCCGUGCGUGUAGACGCAUACUAGGUACUGUCUUCUAGAAAGCAAUCGAUUGAAAGUCUUGCUGAGUUCUAAGU